GUCUGUGUAAUGUAGAUAAAUGUGAGGAUUUUCUCUAAAUCCCUCUUCUGUUUGCUAAAUCUCACUGUCACUGCUAAAAUCAGAGCAGAUAGAGCCUGCGCAAUGGAAUAAAGUCCUCAAUAUUGAAAUGUGACAUUGCUCUCAACAUCUCACAUCUCUCUGGAUUUCUUUUUUCUCAUCAUUACUGCUAACAAAUUCAUUUCCAGACUUUGCACUUUUAAGAAGCAAUGGAAAAAAUCAACAGUCUUUCAACACAAUUAGUUAAGUGCUGCUUUUGUGAUUUCUUGAAGGUGAAGAUGCAUACUGUGUCCUACAUUCAUUUCUUCUACCUUGGCCUGUGUUUGCUUACCUUAACCAGUUCUGUUGCUGCUGGCCCAGAAACACUGUGUGGUGCUGAGCUGGUUGAUGCUCUUCAGUUCGUAUGUGGAGACAGAGGCUUUUACUUCAGUAAGCCUACAGGGUAUGGAUCCAGCAGUAGACGCUUACACCACAAGGGAAUAGUGGAUGAAUGCUGCUUCCAGAGUUGUGACCUGAGGAGGCUGGAGAUGUACUGUGCUCCAAUAAAGCCACCUAAGUCUGCACGCUCUGUACGUGCUCAGCGCCACACUGAUAUGCCAAAAGCACAGAAGGAAGUGCAUUUGAAGAAUACAAGUAGAGGGAACACAGGAAACAGAAACUACAGAAUGUAAGAACAUGCCAUCCACAAGAAUGAAGAAUGAAUGUGCCAUCUGCAGGAUACUUUGCUGUAAAUAAAUUAUUUGUUAAACAUCAGAAGACUUAAAAAAAAAAAACAAACUAUGGUUAAAAAGCUUGAUGCAAUCUCAACCAAUGGGCAUUCUCCCAGUGAACAAUGCAACUAAACAUUCCAAUAUUAAGUCUUUUAGAGAACAGAACAUUUUAACCAGCCCAGAGCUAACAUAUUCUGUGGUUGAUAUAUUACUGUUUGUUAACCUGUUUUAAAUGUCCUGCACAAAAUCUCUUAAAGUCCUGUGCCCCUCAAAAGCCUACAAAUUUAUGGGCCUUUGAUGGAUCCAAUUGCACUAAAUUAACCUAUGAACACUGGCUGCUGGAGUCAUUCAUCAGCCUUGUCUAAGUGGUGUUUUUUUUAUUUGCACUUCUAUACAAGCAACAGGCUGUUUGUUUUACAGUGUCUGAUAACAUUGUUUGUCUACCCCUUCAUAUUUGCACAGUUUGACAUUCCCAGUAACAGCAGCAGUAAGGUAACAUAUACAGUUUUAAACAUCCAUUAAUUCCAUCUGUGGCAUUUUGACAGAAUAUGGGUUAUAAAUACAUUUGUUUUAAUACAGUUUUAUUUUUCUUUCUCUUGCAAAGAUGCAGUUAAUUGCAAUUUGUGAGACAAAAGAUUUUAAAAGCAGUUAAAGCAUACAUAGGCUCUCAAACCAUUAAUGAUUCUUCCAGGUAAUUAUUUGCAACAGUAUAGGUAACUUCUUUCUUCCUCCAUAUAAUGCAGUAUGUAAAAUUUAGCAUAUCAGUAAUACACAUAUAUCAAACAGUAUGUAAAAAUCUCUGUUUUAUAGUACAACGGUGCUAUUUUAUAGUUUGUUAUAUGAAAGGGUCUGGCCAAAACGGUAAUAGGUAAAAGCAAAUAUGGAAAUAUGAAGCCAAAGAAUAAAAAAAAAAAAAUAGUUUUAAGAAUAUUCAUUUAAAUGAACUAAAACGGCUUUAGAUUCCAAUAUGAAAAUAACUUUCCCGUCCUAAAAAAAAAAAAAAAAAAAAAAAAAAAAGAAAAAAAGAUAUUUUGCUUUUUUCCUUUUAGAUGUUUAAAUGGUAGUGUUUUCUCUUACAGUUAUAUGAACAGAAUUAUAGAUGACUAGGGUCAGAGAAGAUGAUAAAACAGUCCUCAAAUGACUUCAAAGUGUAGUGUGCCAGGGCCUAAAUCUUUCUCAAAUACCAGCAUUCUCUUCAAAAGUAACAGAAGGUUAAUCAUGUUCUUUACCAUUUCAGUUCUUCCCAAAAUCUGAUGUGACUGAAUUGACUGUUAAUUAGGCCACUGCAUCUCUCUGUAAAUCAGAAAAAGCUAAUCUAAUCACAAAAUUAGUGUUGAAAGUCUUCAAGAAGACAUGAACCAUAACGUCCUUCAGACUGCUACUUAAGCUAGCAUUUCAUGCAUUCUUACAGGAGACACAUACAUAUUUCCAGAUAAUCUCUGUCAUAAAACCUUGGUAUGUAAUGCACUGUUUCUAACUUGAAUAGUACUGUUUCCUAUGCCCCACUUUUGUAAAUCAAUUCAUAGCUAGAUUAGCCAUGCAAUAAAGGUGGAUAGAUAGCCAAAAGUGUUCCAGGGUGAACAACAAAAAUCUGUAUGUGAGAAAGGAAGAGGAGGCAGGGAAGAAUGCAUGGCUCCAUCCUGUGCAUGGCUCCACAUGACUUCUUCCAUCUCACCACCCUGCACGCAAGCAAGCUCAGACAAGGGAAGAAGAAUCCCUUUGUCAGCUCUAAAGAAGGCAUAGAGAAUAAUGUAUAAAGGAAGCAAUUAGGGAGAUGUUAGAUCAGAUCUGUAAAGGCAAUAUUUCUCUUCAAAGGCUCAAACUUGCCUAACCUUCUACUACAUGCAAGGGAGUAGAUGACUGAAUUGAUUAAAAUACAAAUGAGAAGAAUUUCUGUAGGUUGUAUGUUUUACAGCUCUUUAAUAGUUUCUUGUGAAACAUAGAAAAUUUAGGUCUUAAAAGUCUAACAAAUUAUUUGCUUGUUCCCAUUUUAUUCCCUUAGGAAAUCUGGGUUUCAUAUUUUUUCCAAGAAAAGUGCAAUGUAUUCCUGUGUAAUUCUUUAAGCCCUCUACUUUCUGUGAAAUGCAUGUUUAUAUGCACAAUAGGCUGCUAUCACAUUGUAAAAGCAGAACAGUAAAUGAAUAAAAAGAAUCUGCCACAGCUGUCACUGACUGAGAUAGGUAUGUUGAAAAAAGGAAGAAGGUACAGAGAAGUAGGUGGGAAAGGUAACCUAAAUUAUUUACUACCAAUUCAAUACAAGGAGGUAACAAUUCUGAUACCUAUCACAGCUCUUAACAGACAUUUUUUUUUUGGUGGGAGGGAUGGAGAGGGAAGUGGUUUUAAUUUCAAUAGCUGUUAAGAAUUCUUAAACGCAUUCUAAGAAUAACACAUUAUUUUGAAGUCACAAACAUAAUACAUACUUCCAUUUUGUGUACCUUGACUCCUUCUGUCCCUACCUGUUCUGAAGUUCUAUGAGGAGGAGGGAGGAAAGCCAUGAGCACAAAAAGCAAUUUUCAGAUCUCUGUGGUGGAAAAUUUCUUCAUACGUAACUUUUUGCUUAUGCAAUGUUAAGAAGAUUUUCUGAAUAGCUAUAGCUAUUUGCCAUAUAAUUCCUGUAAAUUAACCCAAAUUUUGUUCUCAUCCUGAGAUUCAUGCAAUCACAUUCAUGCCAUCAUGUAUCUCCAUUGAGAAUGUCUUUCAUAGCAAUACCUGACAUCAGAAUUUGACAACCAUCUAAACAAAUUACAAUUAUUGAAGGAAACAACAGCAAAUAAUGAAUAGCUUCAAAUGAAACUUCAAAACCAACACUUGGCAUUGCUAGAAGAUAAAAAAUAAAAAAUCACAAAAUGGAGACUAAAUCUACCACAGUAGAGGUGAGAAUGCAUAGAUGGAAAAUGCAUACUUGCAUGAGAAUUCUCCAGUCAUAUGGCAGUGAGCACAUGAUAUACCAAUCAGUGUGAAAGAACAGGGCUGCAUGAUCUUAAUAAUCUCAAUAAAUCCUCUACUUAAAGAAGUUGAAAUAUGAGCCAAAACAUCUCCCUCCCAAAUGUACAAGUAGCCUGACUUGAAAAACUUCUUAAUUAGAGAAAUUGAUGGGUUCAGCUGGAUUUUCAAAAGCACUCCAGUUAUUUAGGAACAGGGCUCCCACUGGAUACAAUUUAUUCUCAUAAAUCACUUAAGUGAUAAAGAAAAUCCCACUGGCCAUCCUUCCAUGUCAUGUAAAACAUGACGGAAGUCACAGAUUUUUGCAUUCUAGAAUUGACAUAAAACUCCAAUUAUUACACAGAAUGUUGCUAAUGUGCAGAAGUUAAAAAAAAAAAAAAAAAGUGAAUUAAGCUUCAUUAUUUUCAGUUAGAUCAAAAUGGACUUCACAUCUAAACCCACUGAAGUUAAUGUAUAUUUUUCAUCAAGAUAGCAAAAUAUGAGCCUUGUCUCCAUAGUAACCAUAAUUAAUCACUAAGUGUUUCAAUGGCAAGUGAAUAAAUUCUAUAUUCUCCUGUAAAUGUACACGUACACAUGUGUGAAAGACUUGUAUGAGUCUGAUUUGUACCAUUUAAUGAAAGAAAAGAAAAUCAAAUAAUGGGAUACUGCUUUUGGUCCCUGUACAUACAGUAAAGUAGCUAUAUUUUUUCUGAGACAGAUUACAUUCCCAAUACCUUUUCUGAGAUAAACAAGUAAAUUAGUGGUAAGCUUUCUUUACAGAAGUAAAUUCCAUUCAUAAGUAGUUUCCAGUUGCGCCAUAAACUGCUUUUUGAGUUAGCAUCAAGGAUGUUGAUUAAGGAAGACUUUAGGCCAAGCAAGCACCGUGUCUUCUCGGCUCUGUUUUAACAAGCAAGUGCAUGAUAAGACAAGUUCAGAAAAGCGUAUGCAUAUUUGCUUUACCUUUUACUGAUUUGGCCAAAAAUGCCAAAGUGGUGCUAUUGUUUUGUUUAAGAAAGUACUUGACUAAAAUAUAAAAGAAAGCAUAAAUAUUUUUUUAAUGUAUGAAAAUUACAAUUAUAUAGAUAUGGUUAUUAAAAUAGAAAUACAACUAGCCAUAACUUUUCAACUUUUUAUCACUUGAAAAUGGCAAAGAAAUCUUAAUGGAGAUGGGGCAGGAAUAAUGCCACAAAGUCAAAAUGCCACAAAAAUUCAUAGACUUGAAAUGCAGUUCUGAAUCUUUACUCCAAGUCUGAAAUACAGAUGAAGAAAAGCAUUUAAAGUCAGGGAACAAUGGAUAUGAAUGAAAGCCUGUUCAGACUACUGGAUAUCCUGUAUUGUACCAAAGAUUUUUAAGCCACACUCUAGACUGAAAUCAGUGUUGAGUUUGGCUUAAAGUCAGUGGCAUGAUACAGUGAAGAUUUUCAUUGAGCACAAGUUUUUCUUUAUACUUGAUUACCUUCUCAUUCAUGGCAUGCCCCCAAAAGUAAAUAUUCUUAAAAAAAAAUAGGACAAAGAAAUGCAUUUGAUGUUGACAAAGAAUGAAGAACAAAAUGUUCCUAACGUGAAACUGAUGUUAUUUUUAAUUCUCACCAGUUUCAAAUUGUGAGAAAAAGUUGAAAUAUAUGGCUAACAGUCUGUGAAUUUUAUUUUUUUUUUUUUUUUAAGUUUAUGUGGUCACUAUGAACAUCUUAAUGUGCAAAAUUACACAUUUCAUUGUUUUGUUUUGUUUUGUUUUAAAUGAUAGUAAGUUAAGCCCAAAUAGAGAUUCUUGGAACCUAUAGGCUAGAUAGAAUACUGAUGUUCUGAUGAAGGUAUAAUCAAUAUAUUUAAAAUGUUUUAUUUUUAGUCUGAAAAGGAAUACUAAUAAUUUAUUUGGGGACUCAACCUAUACUGGUCCCUCUUUUAAGGAUACUGUUCAGUAAAAGCAAGUCUUCCAAAUGCCAAACUUCUAUACAAAAACAACAUUAAUUCCUCCCUCCCCCUCCCCCAGCAAAUCUUGUUAAAACAUUAUUGCAAAAUAAGUUUUAUUGUUUGUCUGUUUGUUUAGGGGGGGUGUUUUGCUUUGCUUCACUUUGUUUUGAUUUUGGGGGGCAGGGGUAAGGAGGAGGAGAUGAGGCCUUCAAGUGAUUAAGAUUUUUCCACUUGGGUACAAUCCACGAAAAAUAAAGAAUUUGCCUUCAUGAGAUUACUAAUUAUCCAAUUCAUGUGUGGAAGUAGCAUUACAAAAAGUAACUGGAUUAAGAUUCAGUUUUAAAAGAGGAAAAAAGUCAUUAACACAAAGCUUUUACUCAUUCUAAACUUACACUAUACAUUUUGCUUGUCACGGCAUUGUAAUAUUCUACUGGACUUAAACUGUCCAAACGCACAGUAUCUGAUAUAUAAAUCCUUUUUUUUUUUUUUUUUUUUUUUUUUUACAUGAAGGGUGUUAUAAGAAUAUCUGAAACUUGAUUACAUAUAGUACAGUAAAGAGAUACCAGUCUAGCAGAGACCAAAACAAGAAGGACCUCUCUGAUGCUUAUAUUACAUUAGGAAAUCUUACAUUAGUUGCAUAAUAUGUGUGUGUAUGUGUGUAUAUAUAUAUAUGUAUAUUUAUAUAUAUGUAUAUAUAUAUAAAUUGUUAUAAUGUAUGUGUAUGUGCAUGUGUGUGUGCAUGUCUAUUAUGCUUUUCCUCUUUUUCCUCUCAUGCAGAAGUUGAAUUUAUUGUUUUUCACACAUUACUUAUGGAUUAUAUUCAAUAAUCCAAUUGGAAUCUAAUUUUAGAAGAGAAGAACAUUGCGUAAUAUGGGUGUCACAAGUUAGAUCCUAUAUUUGUUUUUCACACCUGAUUUUAAGACACUUCUCUGCUGUCAUCAUGCAAAUCUAUUAAUCUGUUUGAGUAUGGAUGUAAAAUACAAACUCUGAGUACUUUAUUUUGAAAAUAUAGACUUAGGAAUUUUAUUUCAUUCUUCUCAAGAAUGAAAUCUCACUUCUGUUAAGUGAGAUUAUUGAAGUAUAAGCAUCCCUUCAAAGUAAUAAUAAUGGGUAAUACAAACAGAGUAGAAUGAAGAUUUCUGACAUUUAAUAACAUGACUUCAAUUAUUUAGUUGUCAAUUAGAUACUCUUUGUAAGUAGAACAUGUCUCCCUGUAUUACCCUUAAAUAUUUGAGAAGUGGAAAAGACUUAGUACUGUAAAUUCCUGUAUUCAAAUUUUUGUAACUAUUUUGAUAUCUCUUCAAUAACUUUUUAUUUUGCCACCUUGGCUCACAAUAGUCAUAAAAUCAUGAACAUACUUCUGCUGCUAAGUAUUCUUUCCCACAAACAAAUAUUAUAUACACCCAUUUACAAUAUUUACAUUCACACUUGAUACAUGUUCUUAAGAAGCAGCAUAAAUAUGGUUGGUUGAUAUUUUAUUUUAGUUUUUCACCUUUUAAAGGUAUGAACCAUUUUUUUAAUUAAAUCAAAGACAUUCUACCUUACUGUAUUUUACAUUCGUUACUACCAUCUCAUUGCUUGAGAAGCAACAACAAAAUACCUGAUGAACAAAAACAACUGCCUUCUAUCUUGGUAAAUAGGAUCAUGCUUCAUGCUCUCUUGUAUUAAAGAAAGGUUUAACCAGAUAACUAUAAUUACAAUUGAUUUCAUGAAAUUUGUGUUUUGUAGUGAAAUAUGUAACUUUGUACAUUUUAAAAUCAAAUGAAUGUUCCAUUUUUCCUGGUUUAUUGUCAUUAACCAAUUUUGUGGUAUGAAAAAGUCCACUUCAGUAAUGAUCAAAGGCAAAGAAUCCAAGACCAGUAGACUAAAGUGCUAUCAAUGUAAGGCACAAUGGCCUUAUUUCAUGCACAGGAUGAAUUCCACUUUUUUUUUUUUUGUUUUCCUUUUUUAUUAUUAUUUUUUAAAUUUUAGAUUAGAAUUUCAAAUCAACUUGAAAUAAAUACUAUAUAAGAAAUAUAAUACUCUUCACUAUUUCCACUUAGAGACAAGUUUGAAUAUAAUAAAGCACAUGCAAGCUACACUGCAUGAUACGGUAGAUAAAACUUACCUUUUGAUUCAUAAACAUUUCUACAGAAUUAGUUUGAAUGAAUUCUAUAGAAAUCCAGUGCAAGAUGAAAAAAUAUAUAUUGUUAAAGUUGUAUAAUCAUAAUAGUUGCCUGAUUAAAUUGUCUCACCAAACAACAGUCAUAAAGUGCUCCACUGAAAGCAUACUGAUACUUCAUAAUAUUCUGAACGACUUUAUCUGUAGUCUGAUAUUUCAUGUUGCUUUUAUCAGAAUGUGAUUGUGCCAUUUUAGUUUCAUAAUGCUUGAAAUCUUUGGGUUGAAUAUUAAACAUGUUUAUCAAUCCUCAGGAUUUUAGGAAACAAUUAAACUAGAAGAAGCAGCACCACCUGCUGCUGAUAAUGAUAUCAUACAUGGGCUUUUUCUCCUACCAAAUUAUUUGCAUAAGACAUGCAAAAGUGCUAAAUGAACUAUAGUACUUAUUUUUCUGGACGUAACCCUUCCAAAUAGAAAUACUAACUAUCCCCACUUUCUUCACUGUUGGGCUUCAGCUGGUAUCCUGACUAAAACUGGGGUUUCCAUGAUGCAAGCAUGAAUGUGGAUACAUGAAUUUCUGAUUUCACUACUGAAUAAUGCUACUAUUAACAUUUCAAGUCAUUAUCACCAAACAGUGACAAGUGUUAAGUGUUCAUUAACUAAAACCAAUUUAAACUCUCUAUUAAAGUUCUAACUGGAUUUAUUCUUUCUUUUUUAUUUUCUUGUGCUUACUCAUAAUACAAUGUCACUACUUGAUGACAAAUAAUAUUUCAUACUGUGUAUGUAACAUCAUUGUGUUGCAGAAUCCCCCAAAUACCUCAACAAUGUCUUUGUUGCGCUAUUCUCCCCAUUUAGCACUUAAAAGCUUUUCUAGUAAUGACCAAUAAAUCAAAAAAACAGAGCUCCUAAUAUGUACAAAUAUAAAAAAUUAUCAAGAAUUUUUGCUAGUUUGCAGUUCAUGUAAUGCCAUCUUGAUGACUCUCUUCCCCUCUCUCUACAAGCUGUCUACAACACUAAACUCUGCUCCAUAAAUAAUAGUGUAUUCAUGCUUUUAAAGGCUUUUAUAUGCUUUUAUGGUAGGUAAAGGUUGGAAGAGGUAGUUGACUGAUUUUCACUUUUAUCUACUUUGAUUUCAGUAAAGGGCUUUGUCACUCUGUAUACAUAAAGGCUAAUGCACCCUUUGGUUUGUAGAAUGUACUGAAAUGUUUGCAGCCCUCUUGGUAUCAGGUCCAAAAUGUGAAGCAUUACUGUUAAGAGGGUAUCUUUCUAAUGUAUUUGUAUGUAUAGCUUACACCUCUGUGAGGUCUAAUAAAGGAUUAUGGUUAAUAAAAAAUGUCUUGAAAA